AUGCCUUCAAGUCUCGGAGUUAUCGAGAUCCCUGCCCUCGCCAAGGUGACAUGGGACCUAUACAGCCAAUGCCAGAUCAUUGCGAAAGAUGCCCCCGCAGGAUUUCAAAAGCUGGCGACUGAGCUGGGCUCCUUACAGGGCACCUUACGCACCUUUGUUGACAAUGUGGAUUUCAAGGCAUCAUUUCUUGAGAAGAUGGAUGAAAAUUGCAAACAGACGUUUGAACGAUCCCUCGGUGCGUGCUUCGCGACCCUACAGCGACUAAAAGAGCUCCUUUCCCGGCUUAAGGGCUUCGAAACUGGAGAUGGAAAGGGUUUCUGGCAAAAGAUCAAGUGGGUGACACAACGAACUCAGAUUGAGGAUCUCAGAUCCGAAAUCACGGUACACACCUGCAAUCUGAGCCAAUAUAUGAGCUCUAUAGGGAAACCCUCGCUUGCUCGCAUAGAGAAAACAAUUGUUCUGGCGACGGGAGAAGAUGAGCAGAUCGUUCUCAGUACAGCGGCAUCACCUGUUCGGGAUACAGACUCCGUUGUCUCGCCGAUGAGCCCUGGCCAGGGCAUCGUGGAGCUACCAGCUAACAACGAAGAAAAAUGCGAAAUGGAUAUAAUCGAGGAAGUUCGCGCCAAAAUGUUGGAGUUGGCUAAUAACAGAAGCUCAGUGGGCAGUAGCAGCAAGGUCAAACAUACGUCUACAUCCUCCAAAUCGUCGAUAACUGAAUCGGAUGAGUCGCCCCUCGAUGAUACCUCGCCAACUUCCUGGUUAACCUUGAACACGUCGCCAUUUGUACCUACUUGGGGCCGCAUAAAUCAUACCCGAAUGCGCAGUGAGCAACUUCUCUUUGGCGGCUCGAUUGACGGCGGGACACUCGAUGAUGGGAUAUGGGCGAACAACUCCGACCAGGCGGAGGAGCAAGUCGUACAGCAAACUCGAUCCUACUCUGAUGAUGAAUAUGGCUCUCCUCACAUUAUCGAGGCUGUGACGCCCGCUAUGCAACAUCUUCGUGAUGUUCGGCACCAGGAGCAUAUCUCAAGGCCAAUACGGUUUGAGCCGCAGAAUAAAUUGCAUAGACCAACUGCGGAAACAUUGAAAACAUUCAAGGCAUCAGUCAAUGACGGGUUGCAGAUUAUAAGGCUAGCCACAAGAGAUUGGUUGCGCGUGGCAACUUGGUGGUUGUUGAAAGCGCGCACGACUUUGGCGAAUUGCAACAGACAUAACUAUGUCAGCGCCCGUGGCAGUCUGAGUCCCUCCAUGGAAUCGAGAUCGCCUAGUCACCAAGCUUAUCUUGAUCUGCUCAAGGCUUCAUAUAUUCUGUACGAUAUCGUUCUGGAGGAAGAGCCCUCUCCUGCUCUUUUGGUUGACGAGGAUCGCAAGUCAAUUGUUGAGCUUUCUGAAGGCAUUAACGAGGAGCUUUCCCAAUAUACUUCCGUCGACAUCCCCGAACCGUCGCAUCUACAUGCCCAAAACCUUGACAUUUGGGAGCCCAUGCAGCCGGAGGAAACUUGGAAUGGCAGCAUUAAUCUAGAUCUUGGUUUGGAUAAUUUGCGCUGGAUCGCUGUCGACCUAGAGGAUGCAGGUAACGAACAGGAAAAGGUUCUCUACCGCACCUUUGUCAACGCCUGCAUCGGGGGCAAAAGGUUUCGCAUGCGCACCAAGGGUGCUCCCUACAUGCUCUUGCUGGUAACACGGGAAGGUGAAAGCGAGCCAAAGAUUGUCCUUUGCAACCAAAGUGGCACUCUGUGCCUUGAACGAGACUUCGUACUAGAUGAUCUGUCGCCCCUUGUACAAUUAUCAAAUGCAUAUUUGACUGGCUUCCCUGGCGCUAGAGUCUCAGAACCUGUGCCAUUCAAAUUUGAUAAUAUGAGCGUUUCGAUAUCCUUCCAGUUUGAUAGAGACCUAGCACAGUUCAUCAAUAUCCCAAAGGCUUAUUUUGACGCCGUAUGGCAAAGAGAACCAUUUGAUUCAACCGAAUUUACCGAGAGCGUUAUUUUCAAGACCUCGGGGGAUAUCUUCGAGCAGCUGAACACGCCAACCAUGAAACCAAUGAAUCCGCCUGUUAUGGUGAAAUCCUGCGAGGUGCGCAUUCUGGAACGAUCUUUUAGAGAAGCCUGGCGGUCUAUCCGACGCAUAGUGAUCACUUCCUCUGCUGCUGAGAAGGCCCCACGAACGAUGGAACUUUUUAUGCCUCUCAGUGCAGUUCAGAUCAGCCGAGGAAAUAUGUCCCGUCAAGUGGUCUUGCAGUGGUCCGACACAUGCCAGGUGCGAUCUGACAAGACUGAUGGCAAUUACAACCCCUUGCACUCUUAUGUGUAUGACGAGACAGCACCAAAUAUCGGUGUCGGUCUACAAUUCCACUCACAUCAAGAAGCGGAAGAUUUUGAAAAAGCCGUCCUAGAGAUGAAUUUCCAUCCGAAUUUUUCCUGGUCACAACCCAGCAGCUCCGGACUUAUCUACAAUGUGGUUGAUACUGGCACUGAGCACAAGCAAUACAAAGCCGUGCUAGUAUUCCGAACUCGUGCACCAUGGCGAUAUUCAGAUUUGUACUAUAUUUACCGUGACGCCGACUAUAUAUACGACCACUCCUCGUUCAGCAUCCAUUUCCCCCGCAUCUACUGCACAGACUACAUCUCAACUCACGUUGACCAGCUCUACCAUCCAGAAGGCCCCGUCACAUUCUCCCACUCUGACAAGAAGACCAGUGAAACAACCAUCGAGUUUGGAAACGACCCUGUAGCCCGCUCAUUCCUCAGCUCCCUCUCUCCUCUAUACGAACUCCUCUAUUCCCGGCGGAUCCAGUCCCUAUCAACGAAAGGUAACUCGCUCUUUGGGUUCCAAAUGUCCACCAAGCGCAGCGCCGAUAUCCAACUAUGGCGCCGAGGAACAGCUUUUCAACUUGCCGCACGGUGGGAUGAGUCCGUGCCGGAUAAGUGGCUUACUAUGGCUGUUCCGUCGGAGUUCAUUGAUUGCUCAAAAGAGAAUACCCGACUCACCCUUCCGCGUCUUCCAUACAUGCGUGGUACGACACUUGACAUGAUGAAUGUUAUGGCUCGGAGUUCUAAGAAUCCCAUUGUCAAAAACAAAGAGGGUGCCAUGUCAAUUUCCUUUCAAACAAGUGAAGACCGAGACGAGUUUCUGGCUGUGUUACAAGGGCAGCAGUUGCCGAAGUUCCUAUGA